AUGAAUGGCUGCCCGGGCCGAUGGACAUCAACCCUGUCUUUGGGCAUCGACGGGAUCUCCGCUCCGCUGAUCGUGCUGAACGGCAUCGUGCUGAUGGGCGGGGUGAUGAUUUCCCAGAACAUCACCUACCGCACGCGGGAGUUCUUCGUCCUGCUGCUGGCCCUGGCGGCCGGCGUGUACGGCGUUUUCGUGGUGCGCGAUCUGUUCUUCCUGUUCUUCUUCUACGAGCUGGCCGUGCUGCCCAUGUACCUGCUGAUCGGAGUCUGGGGCAGCAGCACCAAUUUCGGCACCUUCCUCCGCACCAAGGAAUACGGCGCGAUGAAGCUUAUCCUGUUCCUGGUGGCGGGGAGCAUUCUGAUCUGGGUGGGCAUCCUUGCCGUUUACGCUCAGGCAGCGAGCCAGGGUGACGGGACGUUCUCGUUGCAGAAGCUGGCCGAGAUGGCCACCACCGGCCAGUUCAACAGCACAUUCCAGACGCUGGUAUUCCCGCUGUUCAUGGUCGGUUUUGGGUCGCUUGCCGGUCUCUGGCCCUUCCACACCUGGUCGCCGGACGGCCACGUGGCUGCGCCAACUGCCGUGUCCAUGCUGCACGCCGGCGUGCUGAUGAAGCUGGGUGCCUAUGGCAUCAUCCGUGUCGGUAUCUUCCUGUUGCCCGAGGGGGCGGACUAUUGGAUGCCCGUGCUCAUUGCGUUGGGUACGGUCAACGUGCUCUAUGGCGCCAUGUCGGCAAUGUCACAGCAGGACCUCAAAUACAUCAUCGGAUAUUCCAGCGUCAGCCACAUGGGUUACGUGUUGAUGGGGAUUGCGACUCUGGACAAAAUCGGGAUGGCCGGUGCCGUGCUGCAGAUGUUCUCGCAUGGGAUAAUGACGGCCCUCAUGUUCACGCUGGUCGGGGCGAUUUAUGAUCGCGCUCACAUUCGCGACAUCAAUGUCCUGAACGGCCUUUUCGGGCGGAUGGGCGUAACCUGUUUCUUCUUCGCGUUGGCUGGCCUGUGUUCGCUUGGCCUGCCGGGGAUGAGCGGAUUCAUCGCCGAGUUCAUGGUGUUCACCGGUGCUUUCCGGACCUACCUUCCGCUGGCGAUUCUCGCGGUGGUCGGCGCGGCCAUCACCGCCGUUUACAUCCUGCGGCUGCUGGCCCUCACCUUCUUCGGCGAGCCGGACGUCCGCUGGUCCGGGCUGUCCGACGCGGGCGUAAUGGAGAAGUCGGUGGCCGGGGCGUUUGUGCUGGUAGCCGUGUCGCUUACAGCAAACCUGGAACUGCUUACGCCGGAAUUCGCUCUGGCCGGACUGGCGUUCUUGGUGUUUGUCAUAGACCUGGUGCUGCCGGAGGGCCGGAAGAACCUGCUCGGCUGGAUUUCCAUCGUCGGGCUCAUCGCAGUGAUCGUGGUCUCAAUCUUCAUGCUCUGGGACCACGACGAAUCGCUGUACAACGGGCUUCUGGCCAUCGACGACUUCUCCCUCUGGUUCAAGGUGCUGUUCAUGGGGAUCGGGUCGAGGGAGUUGCUGACCGCCUACAUCGCCCUCGAAUUGCUCAGCUUCAGCCUUUACGUGCUGGCCGCCUACGCCAAGAACAGCCCCAAGUCGAACGAGGGCGGCCUGAAAUACAUUAUCGUCGGGGCCUUCAGUUCCGCCGUGCUCCUGUACGGAGUCAGCAUGGUCUACGGCGUGCUGGGAGUCACCAAGUUCGAGGCGAUAGCCGUGGGUCUUGCGGCAGCCUCGGAGGUGGCGGCGGUUCCGUUCCACAUGUGGGCUCCGGAUGUCUACGAGGGCGCCCCGUACCCGAUUACCGCCUACCUGUCCAUCGGAUCCAAGGCGGCAGCCUUUGCCUUGGUGCUGCGCUUGACCGCCGAGGGUUUCGUCCCAGUGGGCGAUCGAUGGGAGCAAUGGCAGCUGGUUAUCGCGGUGCUGGCGGCGGUGACCAUGAUGGUCGGCAACCUGGUGGCGCUGGCCCAGCAGAAUCUGAAACGAUUGCUGGCCUACUCCAGCAUCGGCCACAGUGGGUUCCUCCUGGCGGGGGUGGCUGCUCUCUCACUGGAUUCCAGCCUUCCUACCAACGGGGUGUUGCUAUACCUGGUCGGGUACUCCGUCACGAAUUUCGUGGUAUUCGGAGGACUGAUUUCUUUCUUCAACAUGACCGGCAAGGAGAUGAUGUCCGACCUGGCUGGCCUGGGCGGCACGCAGCCUUUCCUGGCGGCAAGCAUCACCAUCGGCAUGUUCUCGCUGGCUGGUCUGCCCAUAUUUGCCGGGUUUGCCAUCAAGUUCUACCUGUUCACCGCGAUAGCAGACGAGGGAUUGCUGUGGCUUUCCAGCCUUGCGGUCUUUGCCAGCCUGGUAUCUCUCUACUACUAUCUGCAGGUGAUCCGGCAGAUAUACAUCCAGCCUGCCGAGGGUGAACCUGCAUAUGGCCACGGCUAUGGUUACGAGCAUAUCGACGGUGGCCACGGCGAUGGCGAUCAAGACGAGGACGGCGAAGAGGAACACGGCCACGAAGAGGAAACCCCGCAGCCUGCCCGACGAUACGGGGCCGCGCUUAUCGAAACAUACCCGGCGCUGGGCCGCCGACCGUCGAUCACGAUCCUUGCGGUGCUGGGGGCUGGCCUGCUGGCUGUAUUCUGGAUUGGGGUCUACCCCGCGCCGCUAAUCGACACAAUUGAAGCUGCAAAGCAGGGCGUUAAUGCCAUGAUUAUUGCCGUCAUAGGUAGCAGCAAUCCCCCAAACCCGGAACUCAUCGACCUUGGCGAAGAGGUCGGGAAGGAACUGGCCAAGCGCGGCGUAACAGUUGUUUGCGGUGGUCUCAGCGGCGUGAUGGAGGCUGUCUGCCGUGGCGCCAAGUCCGAGGGAGGGCAGACCAUCGGCAUACUGCCCGGCCGCGUUCCCACCGACGCUAACGAGUAUGUGGACAUACCCAUCGUCACCACCAUGGGCUACUCCCGCAACGUCAUAGUGGUGCACACCGGGGCGGCAUGCAUUGCCGUUGGCGGGGCCUUCGGGACGCUCUGCGAGAUAGCAUACGCCCUGGAUGCCCGCAUACCCGUCGUCGGACUCAAUACCUGGCCGCUCACUGAGACGGGUGAAGGCACGCCUAUACACGACCGCAUCAUCAAGGCCGACGACCCCGUGGAAGCGGUGGAAAAGGCCAUAGCAGCGGCCCAGUCACGGACCUGA